AAGAACCUACUAUGUGCAUAGUCGAUGCUUGCUGAAGCGAAGCCCUGUGCCGGCUCUGUCCAUACCAGGUGCCCAAGACGCAGCCCCUUUGCGCACCUCACACGGACCUCCCACACCACCGUUUGACCUCAGCCUGCUGUGGCAACCCAGCUCGUUGACCCCGCAAGCGUGCUCGAGCUUGGAAAAGCACGACUGUGGAUGUGAGGCUGACACGGAGCCACAGCAUUCGGUGAUUAGGCGGAAGCCAGAUUGGAGGUACUCCAUGACACACACUCGGAGGAAGUCCCUGCCCAUGCUAAGUUCGGGCCCCACUGGUCGAAGGGAGCCCCUGCAGAUGGAAGACAGCAAUAUGGAGCAGGGGGCAGAGGGGAUGGAGCCAGGCAUGCCGGAGAGCCCAGGUCACGUCACCGGUCGCCGCAAGAACUAUCCACUGCGUAAGCGCCCGUUGGUUCCUGAGAAGCCCAAAGCCUGCAAAGUGCUGCUGACACGCCUGGAAAAUGUGGCCGGUCCACGCAGUGCAGAUGAGGCCGAUGAGCUGCCACCUGACUUGCCCAAACCCCCCAGCCCUACCCCAUCCAGUGAGGACACUGGUCUUGCCCAACCCCGGAAGCGGCGCCUGGCCUCCCUUAAUGCUGAGGCCCUUAACAACCUCCUGCUGGAGCGAGAGGACACCAGCAGCCAGGUGGGCACACGCCGCAGUCGAGGGGGUGACCCCCAACGCAGCCGGGACCGGUCCACUGCCGGCUGGCCCUCCUCCAAGAAGCGCCCCCGACCUGGGGACCUUGGAGAAGGAAGUCGGGACCUGUCCCCAGAGCCAGCCCCGGAUGAAGGUGCCCGCCGAGAUGGUGACCCAGCUCCCAAGAGACUGGCUAGCCUGAAUGCAGCUGCAUUCCUAAAGCUGAGCCAGGAGCGGGAGCUGCCCCUGCGACCACCUCGUACCCAGCCAGAAGCAGAGGGGCGUUCCACUGAGCCAUCAGCACCAAAGGCCCCAAGGCCAAAGUGGGCCAAGGUCAAUGGCAAGAACUAUCCCAAGGCUCGUCAGGGAGCUGACCCCGGGGAGAUUGCAGGCCCACCUGGCUGGCCAGGACGCCCUGAGGACCCAUGGCCAUCAGCCACUCCUCGUGGGCCAUCUGUUCAGCCACCUUACCAGCCCCUGAGCAAGGCUCUGGAGAGCCCCUUGGGGUUGCGCCCUCACCUGCCUCUGCUGAUGGGUGGGCAGGCAGCCCUCAAGCCAGAGCCUGGACGCCCAGGCGAGGAGUCACCGGCCCCCAAACAAGAACUGCAUCAGCCCUCUUUCCCCACACCCCAGUUGUCCCCCCUGCCGAUGACUGGCAACCCUGCCGACUACAGUGGCCUGUGUAGCCGGCCUGAGAUCACUGCACUAGGCAACUUCUACCUGUACUGCAGCCAAGACGGGCUGCAAUGUGGGGGCUACUCCCCCUGUCCCAUGCUCCCUGAGGGCAAACUGUCUCCAUUGGCUGCACCUAGUGAGGGGCUCCUCUUGGCCCCGAGCUCAGUGCCUACAGGCACCCAUUUUCAGCACCCUCCCUGGGGUUCUCGCUACCGCUCCAGCGAAGACCCAGGAGUGAAUGGCUACAGCAUCUGUGAAGUGUUGUCCCCAUCGCUUACCCACAUCGGCACUACCUGUGGCGGCUGCCCCUACAAAAUGCCUUUUGCAGCAGGCUGCAGAUCCCUGGGCCAGCUGGAAUUUCCUCUCCCUGUAGCUGGCCACCCAGCCUCACCUGCCCACCCACUCCUGGGAUGCCCUGUACCCAGCGUGCCGCCUGCAGCAGAGCCUGUACCCCACCUUCAGACCCCAACCUCAGAGCCCCAGACUGUAGCCCGCGCUUGUCCGCAGAGUGCCAAGCCUCCCAGUGGCUCCAAGUCAGGUCUGCGCACGGGCUCCAGCUGUAGGCACACUGUGAGGAGCAAGGCUGCCCGCAGGCCCAGCCACCCCAAGCAGACGCGUGUCCAGCGCCCGCGCCCACGCCGCCGCCGCCGCCGCCGCACUAAUGGCUGGGUGCCUGUUGGGGCUGCCUGUGAGAAGGCUGUCUAUGUUUUGGAUGAACCGGAACCAGCUAUCCGAAAGAGCUACCAGGCAGUGGAGCGACACGGAGAAACAAUCCGAGUCCGGGAUACUGUCCUCCUCAAGUCAGGCCCACGAAAGACAUCCACACCCUAUGUGGCCAAGAUCUCUGCCCUCUGGGAGAACCCCGAAUCAGGAGAGCUGAUGAUGAGCCUCCUGUGGUAUUACAGACCAGAGCACUUGCAGGGAGGCCGCAGUCCCAGCAUGCAUGAGCCUUUGCAGAAUGAAGUCUUUGCAUCAAGACAUCAGGACCAGAACAGUGUGGCCUGCAUCGAGGAGAAGUGCUACGUGCUGACUUUUGCCGAGUACUGCAGAUUCUGUGCCAUGGCCAAGCGCCGAGGCGAGGGCCUCCCCAGCAGAAAGACAGCACUGGUGCCCCCCUCCGCAGACUACUCCACUCCGCCACACCGCACAGUGCCCGAAGACACGGACCCUGAGCUGGUGUUUCUUUGCCGCCAUGUCUAUGACUUCCGCCAUGGCCGCAUCCUCAAGAACCCCCAGUAGCCUCCUCACACCCACUCUGGGACUGCCUGUGGGCAAGUAGGGCUCAGGGCAGGAGGCACUGCUUGAAGCACAGCACUUGGUUAAGGGGCCACAGGGGCCUAAGGUUGCUUGGCCUGUGGUUCUCUUGGGGGGAGGGGAAGGGGCCCCCUAUGGGCCCCAAGGGAGGGAAGGGGGGGCCAGGGUAUAAGAAUAGCAUCAGAGCCCUCACCUUGGCCCAGGAGACCUCUCUGUGAUCCUCUGGGCAAAGACUUCUGAAGAAGCAGUCUUCCCUGACUCUGGGCCAAGCCUGAGGGCAUAGGACCCUGGAGGAGAUAUUGGGGGGUGGGGGGGCGGUCAUCGGUCCUUCAGGAACCAAGCCCAAUGGGCCCUUCUAACCUCCUAACCUCCCCAUGGCCCUUCAAGGGGGAGUGGGAGCCAGCUUUACCUCACCCACUGUGACCCGCUGCUUCCCCAUCAGCCCAGGACCAGAUUCUCCCAGAUUCUAGCACAGCUCCGAGCUCGCUCCUUGAGGCAUAAGGAUUCAGAGUCUGGCUUCCAGAGCAUUGACUCUCUUCCUGGACUUGGGGCUUCUCCCUGGCUUUCCUCCUUUGCCCCUGUAGUACCCUCUGGUGCUGGGACAAGUUAACCGGCCCUCACAGUCAUGGGUGUGGCCCACUUGUGGGAGUCAACUUCCUGUCCAAUCCACCUCCUGGUGAGGGCCACCCAACAGGUCUGGCUUCCCAGAAGUCAACUGAUCAACAAGGGGUUAGUCAUGUCUGGGAGGGCAAAAGGGAACUGGGAGGGAGUGGGGUGCAGGGGGCAAGGAAAAUUGCUACCUGAUUUAUUGAAGACUUUUCCUCUUGCCUUAUACUUGGAGGUUCUAGGAAACCUCUUGCAGAACUUCACACAUGAUUCUUCAAGCCACACCCACCUGAAAUCAAACCAAAGGAGUGCUGUGGCUCCCCUUGCCCUGCCACCCCCAGCCUAGUCUUUUGUAGAUUGCACUAAUUUACAUCCCAGCCAGAAUCAACACUGUAUCGUCCACAGACCUGCUGAGCUGCAGCCACUCACUCUAGGAGCUAAGGACCUGCAUUUUCAGUUUGUUCUUGUUGCCCAGGGGUCCCUGUUCUCACCUCAUGCUGCUCCCCAGAAUAGAUUAGGAGGCUCAGCCCCCUGUUGUCCUAGCCUGGACUGAGCCCUGGCCCUGGGGCUCUCUGUGAGGGGGCUGGAGCAGCUAGUUAUUUCCUAUUUGUACCAAAGAGGAACAUGGUGGGGAGAGGGAAAGGAGCACAGUAUGGCUUGGGCCUGACUCUGGGAACCUGCUCCUGAGAACCUCCAAGGGCAAGCCCCUGGGGAUAGGAGCCAGGAGGGCAUCACUAGGUGGUCCUCCUCUAGGGAGGGGACAGACAGACCCAGCAGGCUGAAGAAGUGGUGCUGGGUGAGGAGUGGCAAGCCAGGGGCUAGAGAGGGAGGAGGAAGUGAAUCCUGAGGGUACUACCAGCAACCCCUGCUAGCCUGUCCCUGCAAAGGUGGCUGCUUCCUGACUGGUCAUUGUGCUUGGAGGAAACCUGGAGGUUUCAAAGGUGAAAUCAGGCAGGAAAGAAAGUCCAGUCCUAAACCCAAGGGAAGGGACUUUUAGGCCCUCUUGUAUUGAUAAGCUAUUGGGAGAAAGGCAUCCUUUGAGAAGGACAGGGCAGUGAGAGAGCUGGCGGAGUGGCAGUGGGGGCUCUGGAGUGCCAACCUUGGUGCCUGCUGUUCCCAGGGUGGCAGAUCCUUGCUGCCCAGGAGCCCAGCCUCACCCAGCAGGAGAGAUCAGACCCCUCCUUCCAGGAGGCACGGUAUGCUGCCCAGAACAUAAAUGCUUUUGAAAUCUCUUAGAUGUGGAAAUAUUUUUUCGAAUCUGAAAAUGCAGCUGGUAGAAUUUCAAUGGAAGCAUAAUUCAUGUAAAAUAUAUUUUAGUUGAUAUUUUGUAAAAUGCACUUUUUGUGUGUGUCAACCUGGUUUAUCAGAUCUGUAUUUCAGUGUUUACAAGGGAAGGAGGACCUUUCCUCACCUCCCUUUUGACAGAGAUUAGAAGUACUUCUUUAAGAAAAAAAAUAAAUUUGAGAAAUUGUAUUGAUUUAGAAAAGGAUAAUUU